AUGGGAUGGUGUCCUGGUGCAAAGAACAAGCUGCUCGACUGGCUGGAACCCUGGUGCCUCGUGCGUGCGGUUCAGACUGAGCUCCCGCUAGACAGGUCUGCCGGGCCACAGCGGCCAACGACAAAAGACGUCCGACGACAAAAAAGAAAACACUGGCGGCAGAGACCAUGUCCGGCGCGGCCAACGGCUCAACGGGGGCGACGCCGCCGCAGGACGGCAGCGGCGCUGGAGGUCCUCCUCCACCCUUCAAGGUCUACCUUCCAGGAGAGCGCACGGAUGAGAACAGAGGCGGCGAGAUUUUGGCCAUCUGCGUCGUCCUCACCAUCUUGGCCAUCGGCAUCACUGUCUUGCGUGUGUGGGUGAGGAGGAAGUUCCUCAGCAAACUCUCGUUGGAUGAUUAUUCAAUGGUCAUGGCAACGAUCACGCUCAUAGCAAUGACGGGGACUGUUUUUGCCCAGGUAUUCAACGGUGCCGGUCGGCACAUAGAGUAUAUACCACCGCCAGUCGUCAUCCGUGGCCUGCACUACAACUUUGCGUCUCAACCGCUGUGCCUCAUCGCUCUGGGGUUCGCCAGAGUCAGCGUCUCGUUUUUUCUCAUCCGCCUUGCCAACUCCAGAAAGUACAAGUGGAUUCUUUGGUUCCUGAUUGGGUUGACGGUCGUCCUCACCGUCGUCGGAGUCUUCCAAACGCUUUUCCAAUGCCGCCCCAUGGCCUUUGUAUGGGACAAGUCGAUCCCGGGAGGCGAGUGCGUGUCGACCGAGUACCUGGUCUACUCGUCGUACGUCAGCUCGUCGCUGUCGUGCGCGUCCGACUUUGCGCUGGCCUCGCUGCCGAUCCUCAUGCUCCGCAACGUGCAGAUGAACUCGCGCGUCAAGCUGGCCGUCAUCGGCAUCCUGUCGCUGGGCUUCUUCACCGUGGCCGCCGGGGUCAUCAAGACCAUCUCCCUGACCAAGUGGGGCCUGCAGGGCGACUACCUCUGGGACACGGGCGACAUCACCAUAUGGUACACGGCCGAGAUCGCCGUGGCCAUCAUCGCGGGCUCCAUCCCCUGCCUCAAGCCCCUGUUCAAGCGCAUCCUCGAGACCACCAGGCGCUACGGCAGCAGCGCCCGGACCGCACCCCCGGGCUACGUCUGCAGCUGCGGCAAGCCGGCGCCGUCUUAUGCCCAGGGCUCGGGCUCCGGGUCCAGGGGCGGCGGCAUCGUCGGCAGCAAGCAGCUGAGCAACAACACCAUCGGCUCGUCGGGCAAGAAGCGCCACACCAAGCUGGCGGAUCCCUACGGCGCGGAGGACUACGGCAGCUUCGAGAUGCAGGUCUCCCCGGCCGGCACCAACGGCUACAGGCCCCACACGAGAGACCUCGAGGCCGCAGCCGGCAUCGGCGCGGUCAACGCCAACGACAGCGGCAAGAGCAGCAGCAACGACAACAGUAGAAAUAAACGAAUGACCCGGAUGGUCCCGACGCUGGCGGUGAACGAGACGACGGUGACGGGCGGCCGGGACUCGGAUGAGGAGAUUAUACUCCAGGGCACCGACGGCAUCGUAAGGACGACGCACAUUAGCAUGUCGGUUGAUGAUGUCAAGGAAAAGAGCGUAAAGGACAUGGUUUGAGCCAUGUGAAAACGAUACAGGGUUAAUGAGGGGUCCAGCUUCGGGAUCAUGCAUAAAUAUAUGCCAGGAUUCAUUCAUAUUGCGACCAACUGUUAUUAUCUGAAGCGGGUGGCCUUUGGAUAUUUUUUUUUUCUUGACUCUUUUCUGUUCUUUUUUUUUCUUGGUAGCAUUUUCCCGUUCAAGAUCUGUAGAGCUGUCUUCUGCCGGCCUGCCUGGGGUUUUUCAUGUAUUAUUAGUUCGCUUCUUUGUUGUCUUUUGCCAAUCAGAACAAUGCGAGCGACGAGGUUUUGGGAGGGCCAAAUUUGCUUUUUCAUAAACGCGGCCCUGCGCCGUUUUUUUUCUUAUCUUGAGCUGCCCCGAAUCUACAGUAAUCGACUACAAACAAUAUGUCCCCCUGGUGCUGCUGGUUUGCCCGGCUUGGCCAGGCAUUAAUUCUGAUUGCAU